UGUCGGCCAAUAUGUAUUCAGCUCUAUUUGAAAAUAGAAACACAGCCGACACCUGCCUUUAAGGCGGCCCUGCGCCUGCGCACUGCGUGCGGGCCCGCCUCGCGCGCUCGUUGCUCGCUCUCUGAUUGGCCCUCCGAGUUUUCAAACUCCACAACGGUCUCGGCGCGCCUGGAGUUCAGCCGAGUGCUGAGACAGAGAUAGAGACGGAGACAGAGACGGGCGCUUGUCGUGUAUCGAGACUGACAGAGACAGAGAAGCCGGCCGGCAAGAGUGUACGGAGUCAAGGGGAAGGUUUUUUGACGAAGACCGAGAAUGAUUGAAGCCUCAGGCCUCCCUCUUGCCACGAAGGAGGCGUGCACAUUUCAGAAAGCUGCAGGCAUGAACGGGCUGCAGUCCUCCACCGACGCCCUGCUGCAGGUCUUCCAGGGGAAGCUGCGGGACUUCGAGGAGGAGGUGGACAGCAAACACAUGGUGUGGCUGAAGGAGAUCGAGCAGGAGGCCCGGCGCAUGUUCACCAGCGACUUCAGCGCCGAGCCGGAGCUGAUGCCCAAGACGCCCUCCCAGAAGAGGAAGCGCCGCAGGAAGCGCUCGUCCCUGGGGCCGGAGCAGAGCGGCAGACGCUUCUCAAAGGGCAAGAGGACUAACCUGCGCCGCUCGUCGGCUCGCGUGCCCACCGCCAUGACGCUCAUCCCCGAGCAGAGCACACCCGAGCCCCCGCCUGCGCCCCGGGACCCGGAGCCCCAGCAGGACGCCUCCGGCCGGCCGAAGCGCAGCAGCAGCAGCAACGACAGUGGGAAGAAGCCGGCUGAGUCUCACACCCGUCUCAGGCCGCGCCCGGGUUCGAAGCGCAAGUCCGCCGAAGCUGAGGACACCCCCAGCCCCAAGAAGGCCUCCCCUCCCAAGAAGAGCCAGAGUGUCACCCGGCCACACAUCAAGUCCUUCCUGCACACGGUGCACAAGAACCAGCUGCUGAUGACCCCCGGCUCGGUGGGCCGCAGCAGCGUCCUCAAGUCCUUCAUCAAGCACACCACCCCCCUGCAUGCAGACCCCAAGGAGAGGGAGCGGCAGAGGUUUGAGGCUCUGAAGAAGAAGCAGGAGCAGGAGACUGAGAGGAAGAAGAAGAUGGAGGAGGAGAAGAGGAGGAAGCUGGAGGAGAUGAAAAGGAAACGGGAGGAGCGGCUGCGCAAGGUGAUUGAGGCGCGUGAGAGGGAGGAGCAGAAGGAGGAAGAAAAGAAGAAGAAGAUCGAGCAGAAGAUGGCUCAGAUCGAGGAAAAGAACGACAAGCUGCGGGUGGAGCGCCUGGCAGAGUCCAAGAAGAAGGUGCCCAGCAAGCGGCAGGAGGACGAGGCCAGGAAGAAGAAGCAGCAGCUGGAGGAGCUGCAGGCCCGCAGGCAGCAGCAGCAGCAGGAGGAGGAGGAGCAGCGAGCGCAGCGCCUGGCUGAGGCCGAGAGGGAGCGAGUGGAGAAGGAGAAGGCGCUGGUGCUGCAGAGGGAGCUGGCCCGGGCGGCCCAGGAGAAGCAGCUGCGAGAGGCCGAGGAGAAGAGGCGGCAGCAGGCGGAGCUGCAGAGGCAGGCGGAGCUGCAGAGGCAGGCGGCUGCCAAAGCGCUCACCGUCACUGUGGAGGUGAAGCCCCCCCCAGUGGAGCCUCAGCCAGCGCCCCCUGUUGACAGCGCGGACUCCAAGCCCCAGCCCGCCGCGCCCAGGAGCCCCCAGAGCCCCAAGAGCACCGGCGUCUUGCUCAACGUGACCGUGGACAUCGAGAAGUCCCCCCAGUCCUACCAGAUCACCCCCAAGGGAGAGAACCGGACGGUGGCGUCGAGCAACCCUGAAGAUUAUGGGAUGGACCAGAACAGCGAUGACUCGACGGAUGACGAGGGGGCGCCGCGGAAGCCCAUCCCCUCCUGGGCUGAGGGCCCCCAGCUGCAGCAGGCCAUCCUGCAGCAGUACUUCAACCCCAUCGAUGUGGACUCGCACUUCGGCGAGAUCGAGCCUCCCGAGCUGCAGGACAUCUUCUACAAGAGCAAGCCGCGCUACUUCAAGCGCACCAGCUCUGCCGUGUGGCACUCCCCGCCACAGGGGGGCGCCAAGCACUUCUGAGUGCCGCCCGCCCCCCACCCCCCGGCCCCGCAAGAGCCGGGAGCUGGGAGCUUUUCCAGGGUGAUGUAAUAAAGUUGUGGUUGUUUUAGAUGUUUUACUUUGAAUGUCUCACUUUCCCUUUCUGGUAAAAAUACUCCUCAGUCAGUCCUAUUACUGUUAUAUACUGUUACUGUAUACAUAUACAUGGUAAAGAGUUUUGUAAAAAAUAAAGAAUUUUGCACUUCCUUUAA